AUGUUCGCUUUGUGGCCGCUACUGCUGUACUACCUCCAUCAGGGUAACGAAGGUAUUGAAGUGAAAGAAGGAAGCGUUGACACCCUGAUCGAGUACAACGAGGUGCACAUGCAAUACGACGAGGAGUCCGGAGGCAUCGGAAGCCGUGGUGACCGGAGCAUCAUCCGCUACAACCACAUUCAAGACACGGACGGCGCGGGUGUCCGUCUAGGAGGCCAUAUCGUCGACGGCAUUGAGUACGGCGCCAACAACCAGGUAUACGGAAACACCAUGGUCGACUGCCGGGCCUCCGCAGUAAAGGUCAUGGUCGACCCCCAGGGUCAGAUCUGCGAGAACGACGUUACACUUCCUGAUGACGUUGACGAGGACGACGUGAGUGUGGAACCCUAG